AUGCCCCGCAUUAGGACAUCGCGUACAAAGCCUCCUCCCGAGGGCUUUGAGGACAUCCAGGAUGUUCUGGAAGAGUACGACAAGAAGAUGCGCGAUGCCGAGAACGACUCGCAUGAGGGAAAGCGCAAGGUUGAGAGUGUGUGGCCCGUGAUGCGCAUUUCGCACGCUCGCUCGCGUUACGUUUACGACCUGUACUACAAGCGCGAGCUCAUCUCGCGCGAGCUGUACGACUGGCUCCUGAAGCAGGGAUACGCCGAUGCCAACUUGAUAGCCAAGUGGAAGAAGAACGGAUACGAGAAGCUCUGCUGCGUUCGCUGUGUGCAGACCCGUGACUCCAACUUCCAGGGCUCGACAUGUAUCUGUCGUGUGCCCAAGGCGAGCCUGAAGAACGGCAUCGUGGUCGAGUGCCCCAACUGCGGAUGCCGUGGAUGUGCGAGCUCAGACUAG